CUCCGUUCGCUACCAUGUGUUCAACUCGGGGUGAUAAUUCUCGGAAAUUGUGGUUGACAGUUUGCUUGGUGUGCUCUCGCCCUCACGCCCCUUACUAAUCUAGCGUGUUGAUAACCCAUCGUUACGAGCUGUUACUUGGGUAACGAGCGUAACGAGAGGGAGUCUGUAUUUGUCUGCAGCUUAAGUUUGUGGAAGGAUGAGUGAUAAAUCAAAUUUAGAGAAACUUGCUGAGGAAGAACUUCUGCGGGAAGCACGACGAGGUGCCUUGAGGGCAGCUGUUGGUGGUGCUUUGGCAUGGCAGAAAUGUCCCCUACCUCCCACAAACAAGCGCUUUUUGUCUAAUGUGAUUCAGUACACACUAAAUGCCAAUAAGUUGAAAGAAGAACGUAAAAUGAAGAAAUCUGAACUGAUUAAACAUUGCUCUGAAUAUUCAGUUCGGAAAAGAAACUAUCCUAACAUCUCAGAAUCGAACAGGAAAAGAACCAGGAAUGAUACAUACAGUGUUCAGUAUGAUGGAGAAAAGCAAGAGACAAAUAAGAGAAGAGUUGAUAGUAAACACAAUUCUUGAUACAUACGAGUCAUUGUCUGUGUGAUUUUUUGUUUUAUAUUACACCUCAUUAUGCCGAUUACUGAUAUAUGCACUGGAAUAUAAACUAUCAAGAUGAAGAAAUCUGUGCAGAACAAAGCUAGGUUGGAGAGGUCAGCUUCAUCUAAUGCAUUUAGGAAACGGCAGUUAAGCCCGAUUACACAUAUAUUCAAUCCUGGAGCAUGAUAUUUAGGCAAAUAUGACUUGUUUAAGAAUGAAUGUCUAGCAUGUGCAGCCUGUCUGGUAGAUACUGACCAUUUUCUAGUGCUAAAAUCUGAAUGUGUAGACCAUUACUUCAUUGUCUCCAUACAACUUACAGAGUGGGGGCUGCUUUACUAUUAUCUUACAAUAUAAGAGUAUCUAGGGUUAUAGAAAACAUCAAGAACUGUAUAUGGUUUCCUGCUAACUGAAUGUAACACUUCCCAAUUACUGAUGAGCAAGUUAAGUAAUUUUUCUGUGUACAGGAUCUGUUUGUGUUAGCUCUGAAGAGUUUUGAAGUCUUUGUAUGUGGUGCUCAGCACAGACACUUCUCAUAUUAAUGUAUACAUGGUUAUUAAAGAAAUACAUUGACUCAGACCUUU